CAUUUCCCCUCCGAUCAAUCUGCUUCCCGUCCAUUCAACUUUUUCUCAUUUCUAUCUGACCCUCCAGCUCUCUGAUGUGAACUGUAAGUACCUCCUACUUUUCAUAUUUGUAUGUUCUUUUUCUAUCUGUUUGGUUGCCUGGAAAAUAUAUGAAAAGGAAAGGAAUCAUGGGUUCAGAAGAACUAACCUUGAACUGAACUAGGCAAAGAAAUUAGAAAAGUAAUCUUCUUUCCUUUCACUUUUCUCUAUUUUCCUAAUGAAGUAGUGAUCAAAGGAAAUGUAAGGUUGGGGUAUGUUUUCAGAGAGGAUUUUAGCCGAAAUCAAGUGGGUUUGAGGCUAAAGUUAAUGGUAUUCAGUCAAAAGGAAAUAUAAUAUUCAGUAAUACAGGCUCUGGCCAAGAUUAGUUCUUAUUUUCUGCAAGUUGUUUCUGAACCACGAUAAUGUUAAUGUGGAUGGAAUUUGAAAAUGGAUUUACUUUCAUUGCAUUGAGUUUUUCUCUUAGACACUUGUUUAUAGUUGUCAUUUGUUACAUGGAAGUGAUGCAUAACGUAUUUUUGUGACGUCCUUGGUACAUUUUUAAGAGAACUUGUGAGGAAUCAGCUUGAACCCGGAAAAAGAAAUGAAAAAUAUAAGAAUUGUGUGAUUUCGUUGUCACGGUAGAUUAAUGAUGCAUUGUGUCUUUUAGAUAUACUUGCUUUUGAAACUAGAUUAUAUAAAUCACAAGAGGCAAGCUAUGAAAGGUACCAAUGCUGCAAGUAAUAUCCUUUGUGAUAGCAAUGAUGGUGAGGAAGAAUCCGCAGCUGUGAGGUUGAAAGAGGUCGCACUAGGGGAUUUGAUAUGGGUCAAACUCCAUGGCAAAGCAUGGUGGCCAGCACAGGUUGUUGAUGAGAAGAGUGUUAGUUGGAGCAGUAAACCGGGGAAUAAAGCAGAGGGGGAGAUUCUAGUCAGACUGUAUGGGAGCUAUAAUUACUUGUAUGCAGAUCCUAUUAAAUGCUUUUCUGAGUUUAAGAUGACUAUUGAGCAGAAUAGUGGCGAUUUCAAGAAAAUUCUUGAGGAAGCUUUGAAACAGGACUCUUCUCAUCCAAAAUCUUGUCGAUCAAAGGGGCAAGAAUCUAAAUCUAUGGGGCCAGGAAAUAAAAGACUAGUUGCUGCUAAAGACAAGAGAAACUCAAAUCAAAAUCAAGUCAAGAGAAAUCAGGAAAAUGCCUCAAGUCUUGUACAGAGAAAAAUUACGCCAAAACAUAAAAUUGCAAAUGAGGAAAAAGGUGGCAAAUCUUCCAAACAAGAUGGAGUGCAGAGAAAAACAAAGCCAAGAAAUGUGAAUGCCAAGGAUGGGAAAAAGAGUAAAACUCCUAGGCAGGAUGACAUGCAGAGAAAGAGGAACCUAUAUGGUUCGAUUUCAGAAGACACAGACAGAACCCCUAAACCAGAUAAGUCAUGGAAACAACAGCGACUCAAGAGCCCAACUCAUGAAGCAAAUUCUGCCAGAAAAUCGGCAGCUCGUAGUGCUCGAAGAAUGAGAGUGAUGCAACGUCUUGCUCUCAUUGCACCUGCUGGAUCUCCAUUUCACAAGAGUGGCCAUGUUUAACUAAGUUUUCCUUUUAAAGAAUGUUUAGUCCAACAAAAUGGUAUGAGUCCACUGUUUUGUGUCUCAGUUAUGUAUCUUACAGUAUUGUAUCUGUUGCACAAUGUUAGAUUUUAACUUUUCCAUUAGCUCUCCUGCUCCAAUCCUUUUCAAUGACAUUCUUGCUGGUUUUCUGCAUGCUCUUGAUCACCAGUUUUUAUCUUCCAAAUUCCUCUGUGAUCACCUCAAGAUCCAAUUUGAACCUAU